GUUCGUGGUUGUUGCUGGUUGUUGGCGAAUGGCAGCUGAAAGGAGAAAUCAUUACAAAUCUCUUUAUUUGCGUUAUUUUCCACAAACCACAACGUAGGUCCCCUCCACAGACCCGAUAGCGAGGAAACCCAUGGGGGGCAGGUAGGGCCAUGGCCUCUGAAGUCCAUGAGACGAUAUGGAUGGCAAAGCAGGAGAGGCACAAGAACCUGUUUCUGAACUACAGGAACCUCAGCCACUUCCCUCUGGAGCUGCUGAAGGGGGAGGGCCUGCAGUAUCUGGAGAGGCUCUAUAUGAAGAGAAACUCCCUAACCAGCCUGCCAGAAAAUGUAGCCCAGAAGCUACCUAACCUGAUUGAAUUGUACCUUCACUCGAACAACUUUGUCAUUGUGCCAGAAGCUAUAGGCUCGCUAGCUAAACUGCAGUCCCUGGACCUGAGCGACAAUGCCUUGCAGGCAGUCUGCCCUGAGAUUGGCCGGUUGAGCUGCCUGCGACACCUGAGGCUGGCCAGUAAUCGGCUGAAGUUCCUCCCUGCAGAGAUCGGGGAUCUGAAGCACCUGGAGACCUUGGACAUCUCCACUAACCGGCUGACCACCCUGCCUGAGAGACUCCACCAGUGCCUUUCCCUGCAGUGCCUGACGGUCGACCGCAACCACCUGCGCUGCUUCCCCAGGCAGCUCUGCCAGCUGCCCAACCUCACCGAGCUCUCCAUGGCAGGGAACAGCCUAGCUUUCCUACCCCUAGAUCUAGGACGCUCCCGGGAGCUGCAGUAUGUUUUUGUGGACAAUAACAUUCACCUGAAGGGCCUGCCGUCCUACCUGUACAACAAGGUCAUCGGCUGCAGUGGGUGCGGCUUGUCCUCACACACCUCAGAUCUGAAGCUGCUCUCCAUAGCCUCAGAAGAGCUGAGUAUUCCCGUCCCGUCCGAGGUGAAGGCUGUGAGCUCAGAGACGGAGAGGGUGGAGCCUCUGGAGGAGCUGGCAAUGAGGAUCCUCCACAACAUGCACAGCGACCUCACCAAAGUUCCAGACUUGAAGUACCUGCCCCCGAUCUCAUUACCCAAGAGCUUGUUGGAGCUGCUGCAAUGCCCUCUGGGACACUGCCAUCGCUGCAGCCAGCCCAUGUUUACCAUUGUCUACCCCAAACUCUUCCCCCUAAGAGAGACACCGCUGGUGGGCGUGCACCGCAGGACGACAGUGAGCUUUGUUGCAUAUUGCUGCUCCAGCAAGUGUGUACGAAAGUUCGACCUUCAGAGCUGAUUUUAAAUAAGCAACUUAUUGGAAGGACCUUAUCAUAG